AUGCACAAACAUCCCACUUCCAUAUGGCCAGGCAGGGCUUAUAGCCAUCUCUCCAAUUCUCACCAACCGCCUACUACAUUUACACUCCCUGCACCCUUCGCCCAAAUCCCACGCCACCCAAUCCUCUACCCUCACCCAUCGCCCAUCCACCCGCUCCCCAAUUUCCUCCCUAAUCCGCCCUCUCACCACCCCGACCACCCACGAAUCAACCUCUACGCCAAACGCGAAGACCAAUCCGCCCCUCUCGCCUGUGCUGGCAACAAAUACCGCAAACUUGAAUACAUCGUGCCCGACAUUCUUUCCCCGGCCCCAGUUCACCACUACCACGAAGCUCUAGACUCCACCCCGCCCCCGCCUCUCCGCGGCCCCGCAACCACCCUCGUCACUGAAGGUGCCUUGCAAAGCAACCACACCGUGCAAGUCGCCGCGCUCGCCGCGCAUCUGCGCCUCAAAGCGCUCGUUCUGCUAAACAAAGACACGGGCGGCGGGUACCGUGCGAGCCGCGAGCCCGCUCUCUUCGCACACGCGGGCAACGCGCAGAUCCUCCGGCUUCUGGGCGCCGAGGUGGACGUACUCGAGAGCGAGGACGGCGACGCGGGCCGCGUGCUGGACGAGCUGGCGGGGCGCGGGGAACGGCCAUAUUGGAUUCCCGGGGGCGCGAGCCGACAUGUGCGAGGCGGGCUGGGGUACGCGCGGGGGGCGAUAGAGAUCGCGGCGCAGGAGGCGGAGAUGCAACUGGGCGGGAGUGGGCGGUUCGAUGUGGUGUUUGUGGCGUGUGGGAGUGGCAGUACGGUCGGUGGACUGGUGGCUGGGUUUAAGCUACUGGAGAAGACGCGUCGGGAGAUCGGGCGGAAGGUGGUGGGCGUCAUUAAUUCGCCGACGCAGAGGCGUGAAUGGCAUGAGGCGCGCGUGCUGGCCUUCGCGCGGCAGGCGGGGACGAUGAUUGGGCUAGCGGAGGGGGAUGUCACGACGGCGGAUGUGUGUUUGGAGGACCGGUUUGUGGGUGAGGCGUAUGGAAUUGUCGAGGGGGGUUCGGAGGAUGCAUUGCGGGCGAUGGCACAGCGCGAUGGCGUGGUGUUGGACCCGGUCUAUACGGCGAAGGUGGUGCAGGGAUUGCGGACUUGGAUGGCCGAAGACAAAAUCCGACAAUAUGCUCAGCAGCUGGGCUUGAAUCAGGUCAAUGUCUUGUUCAUCCACACCGGGGGACAGGCGGCGAUGGCAGCAUACGUAGAUCGGAUCUAG